AAUCCAAGGUGAAGGGUCAAGCCCCACACUUUGGGUCAUUCUCAUUUCCACCCAACCCUCCUCUCUCUCUCUCUCUCUCUCUCUCUCUCUCUCUCUCUCUGCUCUGUUUGCUCUGAAUUAAAAUAUCAAAAAGCUGCACAGAGAGAAUUGAAUUGAAGAAGCUACCAAAUUGAUAAUAAUGCAGGCUGCUUCAGGUCCAUUAAUCUCACUCUCUCCCAGCUUCAACACCUAUUCUUCCUCCGACCGACUCGCUCAGAUCGCCGCUCGAGUCGUCAGCGAGUUAACCUCUCAAGAUCAUCAACUCAACCACGAUGAGCUCGACUGGGAAAGUUUGUACGCUACUCAUCAUCUUGAAGAAGAAGAAGAACUAGUAAAACAACAACAACACCGACAACCCCAAAACGACGGCGUACAUGAGGAGGCGGAGGAGGAGGAAGAGGAAUUUGAGUUUGCUUUUGUCGGCAGAGACACGCACACGUCGCCUAUCUCAGCUGACGAGAUUUUCUCCAACGGCCAGAUCAGGCCCGUCUACCCUCUCUUCGACCAAGACUUAUUAAAAGAGCACAACGGCGUCGUAUCUCCUAAAAACGUUAACGGCGAUGCCGACGCCGUUAAUAAGAACAACUCCAAGGCAGCUACGACGCCGAAGCAACGUCGUUUGCCGCUCAGAAUGCUCAUGAUCGAAGAGGAGCGCGAAACCGCAUCGUGCUCGUCCUCCGAGGCCGACGACCUCGAGAACCUGCCACCUGGUACCUACUGCGUGUGGGCCCCCCCGAAGACCAAGAGCAGCUCCGCGGGCUCGUCGAAGCGCUGGAAGUUUCGGGACCUUCUUUAUCGUAGCAGCAGCGACGGCAAGGAGACUUUCGUCUUUUUGGCUCCGUCCUCGACCAAGAGAGCCGACAACAAGAACAACAAGAAGGACGACGUCGUCUCCAAGAAAAGAGUCGGCGGCGGCGGCGGCGUGUCGCAGAAUGAGGAGCGUUUUGUCGUGAGGAGCAAAGCCGCGGAGGAAGGAGAUAAACGACGGUCGUUUUUACCGUACAGGCGGGACUUUGUGGGGUUCUUCUCUAACGUGAAUGGGCUUAGCAGGAAUUUGCAUCCAUUUUGAGAGAUUAGUGAUUGAAAAUUGGGCUAAGUUUUGGUUUUUGUGAGUAUUUUCUAAUUUCUAUUAUUAAUUUUUAUUAGGCUUUUUUUGUUCUUUGAUAAAAUUACAAUUAGUUAAUAGUUUGCAUUAACUAAUGAGAAAUGGGUUUGUUCAUUUCAUGUAAUUAAAUGGAAUAUAUUUUAUAUUGUGAGAGCAUUGGAAACUUCGUUUA